GCAGCAGCAGCAGCAGCAGCAGCAGCAGCAGCAGCAGCAGCAGCAGCAGCAGCAGCAGCAGCAGCAGCAGCAGCAGCAGCAGCAGCAGCAGCAGCAGCAGCAGCAGCAGCAGCAGCAGCAGCAGCAGCAGCAGCAGCAGCAGCAGCAGCAGCAGCAGCAGCAGCAGCAGCAGCAGCAGCAGCAGCAGCAGCAGCAGCAGCAGCAGCAGCAGCAGCAGCAGCAGCAGCAGCAGCAGCAGCAGCAGGCAGCAGCAGCAGCCAGCAGCAGCAGCAGCAGCAGCAGCAGCAGCAGCAGCAGCAGCAGCAGCAGCAGCAGCAGCAGCAGCAGCAGCAGCAGCAGCAGCAGCAGCAGCAGCAGCAGCAGCAGCAGCAGCAGCAGCAGCAGCAGCAGCAGCAGCAGCAGCAGCAGCAGCAGCAGCAGCAGCAGCAGCAGCAGCAGCAGCAGCAGUAG